AUGUCAUACAGCCUACACAUCAUCUCACCGCAUGACACCCCCCUCUUCACACACGACUUUGGCACCUCGCGCUCCUCUGGCACCGGCGUCUCCUCCCUCCUCCCCGCCGAACGCGCCCUCGUUCCCUUCAUCCUACACUCCUCCCUCGACAUCGUCGAAGAAGUCCAAUGGGGCCCCAGCACCUCAUCAGGCUCCGCACCAAUGUACCUCAAACACAUUGACAAGUAUCAAAACAUGUAUGUGUCCUGCUGGAUCACUGGCGGCAACACGCGAUUCCUGUUGAUGACGCGGCCGCGCGAUGAGUCGUUGGGAAAUAUGGCGGGCGGAGGUGUGAGGGGCAGUCUUGCUGGAGGCAGGGCGGCGCUGGGCAGUAGCGGGGGCGUCUACAAUCCUACUGCUCCGGCUACAGAGGAGGCGGUGAAGAAUUUCAUGUUCGAGGUGUACGAGAGUUGGGUCAAGACGAUUAUGAAUCCUUUUUUUAAUGUUGGGGUCGGGGAGCAGGUUAGGAGCCCGGUGUUUAGGAGUAGGGUUGCAGCGGCGGCGAAGAAGUAUCUGUGA